AUGGAGGUAUUAGUGUUCACUGCUAGGGUACAAAUUAAUGAUAACGAAUUUGGGUGUGUAGGGUAUCCUAAAGGUACGAGCAGUCGGAAUCACAUGGAUAAUAUCAGGGUUUUUGAGGUAUUAUUGUCCACAGCUAGGGUACACAUUGAGGAUAAAGAUAGGGAAAAAUGGGAGUUAUUAGAUAACAGCUCACAAUCUUCAUUUCUAACAGAGCAAUUAGGUAACCGACUAAAUUUACCUUUUGGAAUUGGAAAUGAAGUAUUAUGGCCAGUAAUGGGAUUCAGGGAUAAUUGUAGUAAAAGACAAAUCAGCAAAUGUAAAAUUGCUGCGGAUGUUGAGAUGUUUGAAAGAUUUUGGGCAUUAGAAGAGUAUUAUCAUUCUAGAGAGGAGCAAGCUUGUGAGGAUAUUUUUAGGCAUAUAACAAGGAGAAAAAAUGAUGGUAAAUUCGCGAUAUUCUUAUCAAUGAAACAAAGAGGAUUGGGAGCUUUGUUUAGUAUAGCAAUAAAAAGGUUUCAUAGUUUUGAAAGGAGAUUUGCCAGGGAUACUAAUUUCAAUUUAUGA